ACCGAGGUGAUCCACAGUUCGUAACGACGGUCCCCCAUCCCUUCUCUUCUCAAACCAAGCCCCCACCAAGGCCACAGCAGAGAACCAAAAACUUGCUCCCAAGCUGUCAAUGGCUACUUCACACCGUGGCGUAAUUAUGUACAUACAUAGACACACCCACCCACACGCCGGGUAUGUCAUCCGGCGAGCCUCGGUGGUGCGUUUCCCUUCCAGCGUGUGCCGCUCUGCAGCCACAGAGCGCCACUUACAAACACUAAGAAAAUGUUCAGCAGAGGCUGAAGCUGUGACAUCACAUCAUACAUAUACUUCUCUCCUGACCCGAGUGGACAGACAUGCGAGACAGCAAGGUCCGGAUUUAGUUACCUUGCACACAUCGCAGAACUACACCACAGGACUAUAUUUUCACCACCAAAAUAGAAUGCACAACUUGCCUAACAUCCACUCAACAACUGUUUAAUUUUAAAAAAGACUAAUUAGAACACAAUAGUUAAAUCAGAGAAUGCGCGACGGCUAUCCUGCGUGAUAAAGAUAAUUCUCUACAACUACCUACCUCAGCCGAUCCAUCAUCUACCCUUCACUUCGCUGUCACUUUGGGACUACGCCUGGCUUUGGCAUUAGAA